AGUAUAUAAGAACAUUUCCUUCACUCUGUCUUGAUCGAAACAUCAUCAUCACCAUCACACAUCCAAGCAUAUGAUACAAUCACAUCUCCAACUUUUAGCACUCACCACAUACCCUACCACAACCAACACAUCACCCCAACCACAAUGUCUGGCCCCUACGACUCGAAUUACUCCUACUCCCAAAACUACCAAUCCCAGUACCCAGCCAAUGGGUACGGCUACAAUAACCAAGCCACCAACGGCUACCCAGCCGAGGGUUUCUCCCAAUCCUACCAAUCUCAAUCCAAUUACUACGACACCCGCGGUUCUCAGGACCAAUAUACCAAUACCAACAAACAAUACUACAGUCAAACCCCAAGCACUAGUACACCAGGCCAAGGGCCUGAAGGCGAUCGUGGCCUAAUGGGCGCCAUGGCAGGUGGUGCGGCCGGCGCCUGGGGCGGGCACAAAGUCCACCACGGCUUCCUCGGUGCCGUCUCAGGCGCCAUCAUGGGCUCCCUGACCGAAGACUACGCCAAGAAACACCACAAACAGAACAAGAACGGCCAUAACAGCGGCAUGAACAGCCUGGGCUCGACAGCGAGCAGCUUCUUCAACAAGCGAUAAAACGGGAUUGGUGGUGUUGAUUUUUGACUCUCAGACUUCCGAGCAGGCGUUGUGUACGAAGCAAUGAAGAAGAAUGGACCGGGAAACUCCCUGCCAAACUCUGUACGAGAUUGGGGAAGCGAGCGAACGUCUGUGGAGUUUUGGGCCUUCGUCAAGUCUUGCUGUGGCGGUGAUGGUCCUCACGCUGGCGAGAGCGAGCAUCAGUUGCUUGUCUGUUUGCUUGUUUCCGGCGUGAUCUCGGCUUUGAGCAUCAUGUGUACACUACUAUAUGGGAUUGAGGAGUUUCUGGGUCAUCGCGAUGGCAUGGGAUAUUGGCCAUGGGCAUUCGGUGUUUGGCGAAACAUAGCAUAGUCGGGCGACAUGCCCUUGAAUCUGAAUGCAAUGGAUUUUCAUAUGGAAGUCCAUGAGCAAUUUCUUGAGAAACG